AAAAGAUUAUGAGAAUGCAAUUAGGUAUUACACGGAAGCGCUGGAGCUGAACCCUUCCAAUGCCAUCUACUUCAGUAACCGGAGCCUGGCAUACCUACGCACAGAGUGCUAUGGCUACGCUUUGGCAGACGCCACCCAUGCGCUGGAGAUUGACAAGAACUACAUCAAGGGCUACUACCGGCGGGCCACCUCUAACAUGGCCCUGGGCAAGUUCAAGGCUGCCCUCAAAGAUUAUGAGACGGUAGUGAGGGUGCGUCCCAAUGACAAGGAUGCCAAGAUGAAGUAUCAGGAGUGCAACAAAAUUGUCAAGCAGAAGGCCUUCGAGAGAGCCAUCGCUAGUGACGAGCUCAAAAGAUCAGUGGUGGAUUCUUUAGACAUUGAGAACAUGACAAUUGAGGAUGAAUAUACAGGCCCCAAACUGGAGGAGGGUAAGGUAACGCUGAAGUUCAUGAAGGAGUUGAUGGACUGGUUCAAGGAUGAAAAGAAACUACACAGGAAGUGUGCUUACCAGAUGCUGGUUGAAGUAAAGGAGCUUUUAUCCAAACUCCCAAGCCUCAUUGAAAUUAUGGUAAAAGAGACAGACAAAAUAACUAUUUGUGGGGACACGCAUGGGCAAUACUACGACCUUCUAAACAUCUUUGAGUUGAAUGGUUUGCCAUCACUGACCAAUCCAUAUCUGUUCAACGGUGACUUUGUAGACCGUGGCUCCUUUUCAGUGGAAGUAAUUCUCACGCUCUUUGGCUUCAAGCUGCUCUACCCAGACCACUUCCAUCUACUGAGAGGUAACCAUGAGACUGACAAUAUGAAUCAGAUGUAUGGCUUUGAAGGUGAGGUCAAGGCCAAGUACACAGCGCAGAUGUUCCAGCUGUUUAGCGAGGUGUUCCAGUGGCUUCCGCUCACACUGUGCAUCAACAGCAAAGUGCUGGUGAUGCAUGGGGGACUGUUCAGUGAGGAUGGUGUUACCUUAGAUGACCUUAAAAAGAUUGACAGGAACCGACAGCCUCCAGACUCAGGUCCUAUGUGUGAUCUCCUGUGGUCAGACCCUCAGCCUCAGAAUGGCCGGUCCAUUAGUAAGCGUGGUGUGAGCUGUCAGUUCGGGCCGGAUGUCACCCAGCGCUUCCUGGAGCAGAACAAGCUGCAAUAUAUCAUACGCAGUCAUGAGGUGAAAGCCGAGGGCUAUGAAAUCACCCACUCAGGGAAGUGCAUCACAGUGUUCUCAGCACCCAACUACUGUGACCAGAUGGGUAACAAAGCAGCCUAUAUUCAUCUCAGGGGAUCUGACCUCAAGCCUGAAUUCCACCAGUUCACUGCUGUGCCUCAUCCUAAUGUUAAACCCAUGGUCUAUGCCAACUCUCUCCUGCAGUUGGGAAUGAUGUAGAGGGAUUGGUUCUCCAGCCAUUUCUCAGCAACUGUUCCUGUCUCAAGUCCAUACCAAUCCCUCCAGACGUGUCACACACAUUCUUCUCAUUCCGGAUUCCCAUAAGUGACUUGUCUCUCUCUCUCUCACUCACACAAUCAGUAUUCCACCUGGCUUGAGAAGCACUCUUGAUUGUGCAGAGUAAAAAGCAGUGAGAAAAGAAACAUAACAGGAAUUUCCUGUUCAUAAUCUGCUUACUCUUUGAUAGGUCUCAAUCUCAAAUUAAAAAGACACCAUCCUCCGCUCCCCCUCCAUUUUUUUCCUCCCUGUAGAGCUGCUAGGGUUUUUAUUUUAUCUAAUUAUGAGUGGUUGAUUCCUCAUCUGCAAGACACAAGGAGCUGGACUGUACCAAAGACCUGGGGCCCUUUGUGCCAAACGUCUCAGAGAAUGAGGAUCAUAGUUUUGCAUUUGCCAUCAGAAUGACUGAGACGCUUGAUACUCGGGUCCUGAAUUUGAACCGAAUUGGAGAGGAGAGGCAAGGCCAGCCCCCCCCUCCCCUGCAAACAUAUCUGCAUUGUACACCCCACCCCCCACCCCGGAGCUGGGUUGGGAGCAGCGACAGCGUGUUCCUGUGAUACUGUAGCCAUGAUUUAAUUCUGUGCUGCUUUCAUAAUCAGCCACGUCAUGUGUCUGUUAAUGUCUUGUGGUCACACUAGUAUAUAAAUGUAGUAAACUUGAACAGUUGUACAGAUUACAUGCACUGUAACUGUAUUCCAGGUAGAUACUUAACUGUUUCAACACUCUCUGCCCUUAUUUAAAUUGUGAAGCGCAGUAGCUGAUGGUAAUACUUCAUAAUAUUUCAUCCUGUUGGCAGCUCCCAUGCACAUGCUUCUUGCCCAGCUCGCUUGACUGAAAUGCACUGGAAAUGUGGACAGUUUGUUUAGCUAAUCUCUGCCCCUUGUUCAUUUGUUUAGCUAAGCUCUCAGCUUCACAUGAAUUUGUGACAGAACAUGGAAUAUGUUCAGAAACUGUCUCCCUCUCUUAAAACGCACAGCAGCCAUACCUAUAUGUCCUUGAUUUUUUAGAUAAUGUUAUAUACACAAAUGUGUAUGUAUAUACAGUAUAUACUGUAACAUUAAAAUCCCUGUGUACAUGUUUGAGGAAAAAAGUUGUUGAAUUAAAAAAACUCCAGUCCAAUUA